AUUCACGUGUUGCAUGGGAAGUUUGUCACUUUUGUGUGAAUUAAUAAAUCGCCACAGCUUAAAGGGUUGUAUGUACACGCGACUUGGUCAGUUGGUCAGCCUCUCUUCGUCGAAAUGAUGAAGGCGGAAAAAACGACCCAGCGGAGUCUUUCGGAGGACUUGCGGCCGCUGAUGCGAUUACUGCGGCUCUCGGGCCACUUUUUACCAGAUUACGAAAAAGGUGGAAUUUUCGGCAAAUCAGUUUACUCGCUUGUGCACCUCAGCCUCGGAAUAACGCACUUCAUUUUCCUUUUGGUCAAGUUGUUGAUGCAAUUUGGAGACACGGUCUCCCUCAUCAGCAACACCCUGACAAUGCUGUUCUUCCUGCACGGAAUUACAAAGGCGUUGUACUUCGCAGUGAAGCGCAAGCAGUUUUACGCGACGGUGCGCACGUGGGAAAAGAGCCACUCGCACCCGUUGUUCGCCGCCUCGGACGCGAAACACCGCGCGGCGUUCGCGGCCGAGACGCGGCGCCUCCUGCAGCCCAUCCUCGUCGCCACGGCGCUCACCGUCUUCUUCUGGGCCAUCCACCCCUUCGUCGGCGACGCUGAGACCGCCACGCCGACGGCGACGGAAUCGGUCUUGAACGACACGUUCGCCAAUUCGACCCAAGACUCGCCGACGGAAAAGGCCCAGAAAGGCACCAAACUGCUGAUCAACGCGUGGUACCCGUGGGACCCCUACCAGAGCACCUUCGCCUACUUCGUCACCUAUUGCUACCAGCUUUACUGGCUGUUGUUUUGCAUUUGCCAAAUCAAUCUGCUCGAUGCGCUGUUCUGCUCCUGGCUAAUCUACGGCUGCGAACACCUUCGACAUCUCAAGGACGCAAUGCAGUACAUGAUGCAGCUGAGUGUGACGGACGGACUUUCUGCAAUAGCCAGUGACAACGGCUAUCUUAUGGAAAAUCUAGACACAAAAAUUCACUUUCCGAACGAAGUUCCGCCAGCAACGGCCCCAAAAAUGGCCUUCCAGAGACUAAGGAGGGUCGUUCCGGCGGAGACACCACCUGUCCGGUUUGGUCAGACGAUGGACUCGCUUAUGAUGAAAUUUCCAUCUGGUGACAACUCGGAAACUGGCAGACGAGGGGUGGUCAUUCGCUCGGCCAUUAAAUAUUGGGUUGAGAGGCACAAACAUAUUCUCAAGUAUAUCGAGUCUGUAGGCGACUCGUACGGAAUGGCUCUUCUCCUCCACAUGCUCACUAGCACCGUCACCCUCACUUUGCUGUCAUAUGAGGCCACUAAGAUAACUGGCAUUAAUUUGCAUGCAUUCACUGUGAUUGGCUACCUGUGCUACACUCUGGCCCAAGUUUUUCUUUUCUGCCUUUUUGGCAAUCGGCUCAUAGAGGAGAGUGUAUCGGUGAUGCACGCUGCCUACAGCUGCCCGUGGUACAACGGAUCUGAGGAGGCGAAAACCUUCGUCCAGAUAGUUUGUCAGCAAUGCCAGAGGCCGCUCUCCGUGUCUGGAGCAAAAUUCUUCACCGUCUCCCUCGACUUGUUUGCCUCUGUGCUGGGAGCUGUCGUUACGUACUUCAUGGUUCUCAUUCAACUAAACUAGGCAUUAGACUGACAGCGCUACAGACACACUAUUUGUGUUGAGAGUAGUUUUUAAACUGUUACACAUUUUUGAAAGAAAAAAUUGCGAAUUAAAAAAUUCCCUAAUUAUAAGUAUGAAACAGCCACAUUUUUCAAUGGAGGGGAAUAUUGGCCAGAUCACGUUUGGUGAAACGUGAAAUCAGCAGAGGCAUUCAGUUUACCUGGUUAAAUGUCUUACGGAGAAAUGUACCCUGUUGGACUAGUACUACGGCCAAAUCGGUUAUGUAAACAGAAAAAUGAAACUUUAAAAAUUCAAAGACUAUUUUGGGAUUAUUUCAUCGAAAGUAAACUUUUGUUUUAAAAUAGGUUUUAAUAAAAUUUUGCACAAAAUGAUUGCUAGAAACCGAGUAUUUAAAAAGAAAUUUUUUAUUUUUUAUUUCAGUUAAUUUUGUUGCACUUAUAAUGACGGAAUCAACUAAUUAUAUAUGAAGAACGAAUAAAA